AUUUUUUUCAUAUGGUGCAUGUAUCACUCACUACUUAUUUGUGUAACGUGUAGUGUGCCAUUUUUGUUUUCCCUUGAUGUGAAAGGAAUUUGAGAUUGAACCCGAAACAUCACCAACGGUGCACUGCAUCCCCAUGAUAUCAUUAACAGAAGUGACCCAGUUAAGGGGGGCUUGAUGUUAAAGCACGUGAGGCCCAUUGCAUUAAAAUUGAACCCUUACUAGUUAUUAAAUUUGUUAAUUGUAACGCGUAUAGUGAUACCUAGAGUAGAGAAAAAGCGGAUUGGCUUUAUGCAUAACCAACCGAAAACCAAUUAUAUAAAUAAAUGAGAACUAGAAGGAAUAAUAGUCAAGAGUGUGAAUGAGAGCAACAUUCAAUGGCGUCUAGGAAGGGAUUCCUUUCGAAAGUGAGUUCCAUGUUUGUAUCAUCAAGUACCGAUUUGGAGCUGAAAUCCACAGAGGGUGACUUGGAAUUGGAUGAAGCUGAAAUGUUCAACUGGAACAUGUCCAAUGACAACAACAAGAACAACACUGUGACAGAGUCGAAGAAGAGACCACGAUCUGGUAAGAAGAAAAAGGUGAACCCUGUGGCCUCAUCCUCAAUGCCAGUGGCUAUUCCUGAUUGGUCCAAGAUUCUGAAGGAGGACUUCAAGGAGCACAAGAAGAGAGAAUUUGUUAGCGACCACGAUUACGAUCGAGUUCCUCCUCAUGAGUAUCUUGCUAGAACCAGAGAGGCUUCUCACUCAGUGCAUGAAGGAAAAGGAAGGACCCUUAAGGGCAGGGACUUGCGCAGUGUAAGAAAUUCCAUUUGGAAGAAAUUGGGGUUUGAAGAUUGAUUUAUUAAGUAAAUUGGUAGUAGUGCCACACACACAUAUGAACAUUAGAUCUGAUUCCAUCACUUUUUAAUCUUUGGAAUUUUUUUGUUUAGGUGAUCAAUUUAGUCAGAGGACUAUACUAGCAACUUAGUAGCUCUGUUAGGAAAGGUUUAUAUUUAUAAAUUAUUGGACAUUUUUCUUUCUUUUGGGACGGGUGACUCUUGAUUGUUAGGUUAUAUAAGGAGAUAUAUGAAGCCUCCUUCAUUUGGAUGUCUAGAAGAAGGGAUCAUUAUCAUGCUUGUAAGUUGUAAUUAAGUGUUUUCAACUAUUUAAAUGCCUACUUAUACUUAUGAGAUCUUUUAAGUUUCA